AUGUUGAAAGUGAUCUUCUUCACCAUCCUCCUGGUCAUCGGUGUCAUGGUCCAUGGUCGUGAUGAAGUUCCUCCACCCCCACCGGAGACCCCAUGUCCUUCGAAGGAUUGUCCGAUGGGAAAUCUAUGCUUCCCCGAGAAAGGUGAAUGUUUGAUGAUUCCUACUGUGAAAU